CUGCCCGGACGCAUCGCGGUGCAGGACGACCUGGACAACACGGAGCUGCCCUUCUUCACCCUGGAGAUGUCUGGCACAGCGGCGGACAUCUCGCUGGUGCACUGGAGACAGCAGUGGCUGGAGAAUGGCACCUUGUACUUCCACGUCUCCAUGAGCAGCUCCGGGCAGCUGGCCCAGGCCACUGCCCCCACUCUCCAGGAGCCCUCAGAGAUUGUUGAGGAGCAGAUGCACAUCCUUCACAUUUCCGUGAUGGGUGGUCUCAUCGCACUGCUGCUGCUGCUGCUGGUCUUCACUGUGGCGCUGUAUGCCCAGCGGCGCUGGCAGAAACGUCGCCGCAUCCCCCAGAAGAGCGCAAGCACGGAAGCCACUCACGAGAUCCACUACAUCCCAUCGGUGCUGCUGGGUCCCCAGGCGCGGGAGAGCUUCCGUGCCUCCCGGCUGCAGACCCACAAUUCUGUCAUUGGUGUGCCCAUCCGGGAGACCCCCAUCCUGGAUGACUAUGACUAUGAGGAAGAUGAGGACCUGCCCCGGCGGGCCAACCAUGUCUCCCGUGAGGACGAGUUUGGCAGCCAGAUGACCCACACCCUGGAUAGUCUGGGACGGCCAGGGGAAGACAAGGUGGACUUUGAGAAGAAAG